GAGCCCCACGACUACAUGCUCUCCAUCUAUAAGACCUUCUCCACGGCCGAGAAGCUGGGGCUCAACGCGAGUUUCUUUCGAUCGUCAAAAGCAGCCAACACAAUCGCCAGCUUUGUCGACAACGGGCAAGACCAGCUCCCCCUCGCCCCGCUGAAGCGGCAGCGGUACGAGUUCGACGUGUCCACGCUGUCGGACCGCGCCGAGGUGUUGGGGGCGGAGCUCCGCAUCUACACCAAGGUCUCGGGGACCCUCCGGACGCUGGACACGGCCGGGCCCGUGGAGCUCCAGCUGAGGUCCUGCUCCGACCAGCAGCUCCUGGACUCCCGGACCCUGGACCUGCAGGACCCCCAGGACCGGCCCAAGUGGGAGGUGCUGGACGUGUGGGAGGUGUUCCGGGAGCGCGGCCGCCACGCGCCGCAGUUCUGCCUGGAGCUGGCGGCCGUGCUGGACAACCCCGAGCGAGAGCUGGACCUGCGACUGCUGGGCUACCACCGGCAGGGCCGGCCGCAGCAGAAGAAGGCCAUCCUGGUGGUCUUCACCCGCUCCCGCCGCCGGCAGACCCUGUUCAGCGAGCGGCGGGAGGGGAUGGCCCUGGUGGGGCACAAGAGGAGGGGCGGGGGGAGGGGGCGGGAGAGGGCGGGAAGGGCGAAAGCCAACAGGAAGCGACGGACCACGGUGGUGAACCGCCACGGCAAGCGGCACGGCAGGAAGUCGAAGACGCGCUGCGGCAAGCGGCCGCUGCACGUCAACUUCCGGCAGCUGGGCUGGGACGACUGGAUCAUCGCGCCGCUGGACUACGAGGCGCACCACUGCGAGGGCGUGUGCGAGUUCCCGCUCCGCGCCCACCUGGAGCCCACCAACCACGCCAUCAUCCAGACCCUCAUGAACUCCAUGGGGCCCGGGGACAUGCCCCCGUCCUGCUGCGCCCCCACCCAGCUCAGCCCCAUCAGCAUCCUGUACAUCGACUCGGGCAACAACGUGGUGUACAAGCAGUACGAGGACAUGGUGGUGGAGUCCUGCGGGUGCAGGUAG